GACAGCCAUCGCUCCCUCCCACCCCACCACACCCACCUUGGCGACCCUGUUUCCACCAGGUUGCCUGCCCUCAGUUCCACUCGGCCCCCCAUUCCCGACCGCUAAGAGGAAGGUUCCACCGCCGACAGCUGCCGAUAUGCGACUAUCAGAUCUGUGCAUGAUUGAUUAUGGACCUGCGUUAGGCACAUAACCGUGGCCGCUGACCUCAUCUAACUGACGUGGUAUCUUUCACGCUUCAUCACAGCUCAACGCGCAGACAUACAUAUGUACUGUACACCAUCAAGGUUCACCAUUCGACCUCUUUCCUCCUUGGUCCAAGUCCCGCUUCUUCUUUUGUCUUCUCUUCUUCUUUCUCUCUCUCCUUUAUUCCUCAAUCGAUAUCGACUCAAUUUGCAGUCGCGAUCACGACCAGAGCUAUACGUGUCAAGUAGCUUUCCCGACAACCGAGCAUCGAGCAUUAGUACCGAGGCCAGCUUGCUUGAAAUCUGCUCCGUUUGAUGCGCGGUCGAGGAACCAACUGAUUACCAAACGACACAAUUCGUCCACGAUCCAAACAAGUGACGGUUUAAUAUUUUAAUCACACUCCAGCUAUCUACGCGACCGCCGAACUGCACACAAUGGCAGGCGACAGUGCGGUGGACAUCGGCCAGCUCUCCCCGGAACAACAGCAGGCCUUGCAGCAAUAUACAGAUGUUACCGGGCAGGAGAUCACGGAUGCUAUGCCGUUACUUGAACGGUCGCAGUGGAAUGUUCAGGUAAAUAUCGACUAGAGGCCCCGGCUUUUCGACGCCUCCAUGCACGCGCUGGGACUGACAUCUGGCGCAGAUAGCAAUAGCCAAGUUCUU